ACUAUCAGAACCUGUUUUUAGAGACCCGAAACCCUCCAGCUGGGCGCGCCAUCGUGUGCCUUCUUUGUGUACCUCCCGGACUCACCGCUCCCGACCGGGCCUCCAAGCCCGGGUACAAAGCGGUCAGACCGCGCCGCCCUCCUCCCCCGCACGCGCUCCAGCCUCGGUUUCCCAGCUCGGCGCCGUCGGGCCGCGGCAGGAUGAUCGCCUCGCAUCUGCUCGCCUACUUCUUUACGGAGCUCAACCAUGACCAAGUGCAGAAGGUUGACCAGUAUCUCUACCACAUGCGUCUUUCUGAUGAGACCCUUCUGGAGAUUGCUAAGCGGUUCCGCAAGGAGAUGGAGAAAGGGCUUGGAGCUACCACCCACCCCACUGCUUCAGUAAAAAUGCUGCCUACCUUUGUGAGGUCUACUCCAGAUGGGACAGAACAUGGAGAAUUCCUGGCUCUGGACCUUGGAGGGACCAACUUCCGUGUGCUUUGGGUGAAAGUAACAGACAAUGGACUCCAGAAGGUUGAGAUGGAGAACCAGAUCUACGCCAUUCCCGAGGACAUCAUGCGAGGCAGUGGCACCCAGCUGUUUGACCACAUUGCUGAAUGCCUGGCCAACUUCAUGGAUAAGCUACAAAUCAAAGACAAGAAACUCCCUUUGGGUUUUACCUUCUCAUUCCCCUGUCUCCAAACAAAACUAGACGAGAGUUUCCUGGUCUCAUGGACCAAGGGGUUCAAGUCCAGUGGUGUGGAAGGGAAAGAUGUGGUUACUCUGAUCCGGAAAGCCAUCCAGAGGAGAGGGGACUUUGAUAUUGACAUUGUGGCAGUGGUGAAUGACACGGUUGGGACCAUGAUGACCUGUGGUUAUGAUGACCAGAACUGCGAGAUUGGUCUCAUUGUGGGCACGGGCAGCAAUGCUUGCUACAUGGAAGAGAUGCGCCACAUCGACAUGGUGGAGGGUGACGAGGGCCGUAUGUGUAUCAACAUGGAGUGGGGAGCCUUUGGGGAUGACGGCGCGCUUGACGACAUCCGCACGGAGUUUGACCAGGAGAUCGACAUGGGCUCUCUGAACCCCGGGAAGCAACUAUUUGAGAAGAUGAUCAGUGGAAUGUACAUGGGGGAGCUGGUGAGGCUUAUCCUAGUGAAGAUGGCCAAGGAGGAGCUGCUGUUUGGGGGGAAGCUCAGUCCUGAACUCCUUGCCACAGGCCACUUUGAGACCAAAGAUGUUUCAGAUAUUGAAGGGGAGAAGGAUGGCAUCCAGAAGGCCCGCGAGAUCCUGGUGCGGCUGGGCCUGGACCCGACACAGGAGGACUGUGUGGCCACUCACCGGGUCUGCCAGAUUGUGUCCACACGCUCAGCCAGCCUGUGUGCGGCUACGCUGGCAGCCGUACUGCGGCGCAUCAAGGAGAACAAGGGCGAGGAGCGGCUGCGCUCCACCAUCGGGGUGGACGGCUCUGUCUACAAGAAGCAUCCCCAUUUCGCCAAGCGUCUUCACAAGACCGUGCGGCGCCUGGUGCCCGACUGUGACAUCCGGUUCCUCCGCUCUGAGGAUGGCAGUGGCAAGGGGGCAGCCAUGGUGACGGCAGUGGCCUACCGGCUGGUCGAUCAACACCGAGCCCGCCAGAAGACCCUGGAGCCUCUGAAGCUGAGCCGUGAGCAGCUGCUGGAGGUCAAGAGGAGGAUGAAGGUAGAAAUGGAGCGAGGUCUGAGCAAGGAGACUCACACCAUUGCCCCCGUCAAGAUGCUGCCCACCUAUGUGUGUGCCACCCCUGAUGGCACAGAGAAAGGUGACUUCCUGGCCUUGGACCUUGGGGGUACCAAUUUCCGGGUCCUGCUGGUGCGCGUGCGGAAUGGGAAGCGACGUGGAGUGGAGAUGCACAACAAGAUCUACUCUAUCCCGCGGGAGGUCAUGCAUGGCACAGGGGAUGAGCUCUUUGACCACAUUGUCCAGUGCAUUGCCGACUUCCUUGAGUACAUGGGCAUGAAGGGCGUGUCCCUGCCUCUGGGUUUCACCUUCUCCUUCCCCUGCCAGCAGAACAGCCUGGAUGAGAGCAUCCUCCUCAAGUGGACUAAAGGCUUCAAGGCAUCUGGCUGCGAGGGUGAGGACGUGGUUACACUGCUGAAGGAAGCCAUCCACCGGCGAGAGGAGUUUGACCUGGAUGUGGUUGCUGUGGUGAAUGACACAGUUGGGACUAUGAUGACCUGUGGCUAUGAAGACCCUCACUGUGAAGUUGGCCUCAUUGUUGGCACAGGCAGCAAUGCCUGCUACAUGGAGGAGAUGCGGAAUGUUGAGCUGGUGGAAGGGGAAGAGGGGCGGAUGUGUGUCAACAUGGAGUGGGGGGCCUUCGGGGACAAUGGAUGCCUAGAUGACUUCCGCACAGAAUUUGAUGCAGCUGUGGAUGAACUUUCCCUCAACGCUGGCAAACAGAGGUUCGAGAAAAUGAUCAGUGGCAUGUACUUGGGCGAAAUUGUUCGUAACAUCCUCAUCGAUUUCACCAAGCAUGGGCUGCUCUUCCGUGGCCGCAUCUCGGAGCGGCUCAAGGCACGGGGAAUCUUUGAAACCAAGUUCCUGUCUCAGAUUGAGAGUGACUGCCUGGCCCUGCUGCAGGUCCGCGCCAUCCUGCACCACUUAGGACUCGAGAGCACCUGUGAUGACAGCAUCAUUGUCAAGGAGGUGUGCACUGUGGUGGCGCAGCGGGCAGCCCAGCUCUGUGGUGCAGGCAUGGCCGCCGUGGUGGACAAAAUACGAGAGAACCGUGGGCUGGACACCCUCAAAGUGACAGUGGGCGUGGAUGGGACCCUCUACAAGCUACAUCCUCACUUUGCCAAAGUCAUGCAUGAGACGGUGAAGGACUUGGCUCCAAAAUGUGAUGUGUCCUUCCUGGAGUCGGAGGAUGGCAGCGGGAAGGGGGCGGCUCUCAUCACUGCUGUGGCCUGCCGCAUCCGAGAGGCUGGACAGCGGUAGAGCCCCUGAAAUUGGAAGGACUUCCUCUGGUUUCCCUUCUUUCCUGCUUUAAAUUAUAACUUGAUCCCCUUGUGUCAGAGACAGACCCCUUGGCUUUUCCUUGGCAGAGAGGACCUUAUUGGACUGGGUUUUGUCUCUGUCUACUCACUGUAGAGUUUGGUACCCAAGGCUUAGCCCUCCUGAGAUAAAUACAAUUGGAAGUAAGGAUUUGUUCACACUUGUCACAACCAUUACCAUUGGUUCUCUUAAAACUUGAAAAAAAAAUUUAACCUUUAGUAAUCCCCCUGGCCAAAUUCCAUGUCUCUGUAUAAUCCUACAGGGUGGGGACACUAAUGAAAAAAUAUGGUUGCUUCACCUUGGAGCCUGAACAUGACAUUUCUAGGUGGAGAGCAUCCCCCAGCAUGGAAGUUGAUGCUAUUUCUCCUCUCAGAGAUCUGGGAGGUCUCCACUGACUUGAGCCUGAUUCUCCCAUAGGCAGGGAGGAGGGGCGGCAAUGGAGGGGAAACCCAUGGAUAGCCAUGUGGCAGCCCCUCUUCAACCUCAUCUUUAAGCAUUUGCCUAGUGGGUUCCAGUGGAUGCUAUUCCUGGAAUCAAAGCAUCCUGAGUCUGAGCAAGCAAAACCAAAGCCAAGAGCCCUGUGAGUGGGCUUGUUGUCACAUCUCCUUGUGGGUUCACAAGUCAUCCAUAAGCAGUGCACCUUUGGGGGAGGGAAGACUUUUUGGUCUGUUUAAAAAUUUU